CGUAGUGGCUAAUGAUUGGCACGCUUGACAGUGAUUGGCAGGGCUGCCAUGACAACGCUACAACGACACCAAGAAGACCAAUAGAAAAGGGAAACAAAAUGUUUCAAUGCUACACUCACGGUGGAUUUAGGGGGGAGAUAUUAUGAGGCUGGUGUCAUUAGGCGAUAGCCAUUGAAUCAUUCGAUCUUUUACUUGCCGUAUUUUCGGUGUUUUCUUUUCUCGGUAAUUUCUUUCUCUCACAGGCCAUUUCCAUGGUUUUCAGAUCUCCUUUAGAGCUUUAUCCCUCCCAUUUCUUCCUGCCAAACUUCGCUGAUCGCCCUUUGCUCUUGGCGAACAGCGCUCCCCCCGCCAGAUCUCCAGAAGACUUGUCCAUGUUUCAGCUACCAACCCUCAACUUCUCCCCGGAGCAGGUGGCGAGCGUCUGCGAGACGCUGGAGGAGACCGGGGACAUCGAGCGGCUGGGCCGCUUCCUCUGGUCGCUGCCCGUGGCGCCCGGAGCCUGCGAGGCCAUCAACAAGCACGAGUCCAUCCUGCGCGCCCGGGCCGUGGUGGCGUUUCACACGGGAAACUUCCGAGACCUCUACCACAUCUUGGAGAACCACAAGUUCACCAAGGACUCGCACGGCAAGCUGCAGGCCAUGUGGCUCGAAGCACACUACCAAGAGGCAGAGAAGCUUCGAGGUCGUCCCCUUGGACCGGUCGACAAGUACCGGGUGCGGAAGAAGUUUCCGCUGCCUCGAACCAUCUGGGACGGCGAGCAGAAGACGCAUUGUUUCAAGGAGAGGACGCGCAGCCUGCUCAGGGAGUGGUACCUUCAGGACCCCUAUCCGAACCCCAGCAAGAAAAGGGAACUGGCGCAAGCCACUGGACUCACUCCGACACAGGUCGGGAACUGGUUUAAGAACCGACGUCAAAGAGACAGAGCUGCGGCGGCCAAAAACAGGCUCCAACACCAAGCAAUAGGACCGAACGGUAUGCGGUCCCUUUCAGAGUCCGGCCUCACUCCCCGCAGCUCCGCCGAGUCGCCCUCGACGGCGGCCAGUCCUACCACCAGCGUUUCCAGUAUGACAGAACGAGUGGACACUGGCACGUCCAUUCUGUCCGUCACGUCCAGUGACUCGGAGUGCGAUGUAUGAUACGGAAAAAAAGAACAAAAACAAAAAGAGAAAUAUUUUGCAGGGAAAUGGACCUGAGAAAAAAAGACUAAUGAUAUAUUGCGGAUGAAAAAAGGACGGAUUCAUAUGAAUAAGUAAAAAAAGAGAUAGAAGCACGUGUUUUUUUUUAAAGCGCUUUCAAGGACCCCACCUGCCCCUCUCAUCCCCACACCACCACCACUACUAAAUUACUUGCAUGAUAUGUCUUUAUUAUUAUUUGAUUUCUUUCCAGGGCAAAUUAUUCAAAUUCAUGGUUUACAAAGAAGAGCAUUGUUGAGAAGGAAUAACCGCAGAUCUCCAGCCUUCACCAUCCCCGGUUUGUCAAACUGGUGGUGAUGGUGAGGCGCCAUACAGACGAGGUGUGAGAAUUGUCUCUUUUUUUUUUUCAUCAGACAAUCAUUUAAGUCGUAAGCACCUUUAUUUUAAUACACUUCAGUCCCAGCCUGUGUGGGGAAGGUUCGGCUACAUGGUAUAAAACAAUUGUGCAACAGAUCCGUUUAUGACUGUAUAAGAUUUUUAUUUUUAUUUCAAAUUUUAUAUUGAAUUAUGUAUAGCCUAUCUCAAAUAACGCGAUCAAAUCCCCAGUCUGUAAAAUAGGUGUAGAAAUAUGCUUGUACAUAAUUAAUGCUCCCCGUCUCAUUCUCUUUUCUAUCCCUUCCUCACUUUUCUUGACUUGGUGUUCCUACAUAAAAUAUUUGUCAAAACGUACAACCAAGUGCUUUAGGCGUUUUUGUUGGUUUGAUUGUUUUACACUUCGUUUGGAAGUAAUAACGGCACAUUUUACAAGUUACAUUUUAUGCAAAAGAGGUUUAAUAUAAAAUAUGAAAUAGUACAUGAAACUGAUGCACAUGGCGUUCCGUUCUUUCCUCCAGGCCUAAAGCUGAUUGACCUUCAUAUGUUCUCUGUUUCCUGCCUGCGUGAUUAUGUUGUAUACAUUUCUAAAUCAAAUAUACACAUUUAUAUGCUC